UCAACAGUCUUAUCUAAUGAUACAAUCUUUAAACAUCAUUUUUGUGUUCUACUUUUGUUAAGGGCAAACGUAAAUUAGAGAUGGAAGGAUUACAACUCUUACUAUUGUAUUUUAUUAUGGCCACGGCAACAGAGGAUGAAAUUAAAACGGAGUGUGGGGAAUCCGAAGGUAACUUUCCCAUCAGCGAUUCCUCUCCAUCUCUCCUGGCAGGCUUGAAAGUGGAGCUUGUGACACGGGAUGGAAUGCUGAACAUAAGCUGGGCAAUAAACAUUGAUGCAAGUGUUAAAUACCUGACAGCCACCAGAAUUGUACUGAACUAUGGGUUGCCAUACCAUUGUGAAUACAAUCCACCCUUUGCCAAGGCAAAUCUCACUGGGUUAAAGCAGAAAUGGUUUCAUUAUUUAAUAAAUGCCACUGAUGGCUUAAACUCCAUCCAGGCUGCCAAUAUCCCUCGGCCUCCACCGAAUAGUGGCCCAGUUUACCAGGAUACCAGUAUUACUGUACCUCCAAAAGACAAUGUAAAAGCAAAAACUACUCCAGUUUCUCAAGUUUAUUCCACAACUUCUGGCUUCGGAGUUAACUUUCAUGGUGCCUACCUCAGCAGUAUUACCACUGCCACUUUUGGAUGUGUGGCCAGUGUCAUGAUCCUGAGCUGCUGCUACAUUAUCUAUAAACAUUUCCGGGCCAAGUUAGCAACUUCACUGUGCUUUAACUCUUGCCCUUCAUCGUCCAUGUUACCUGUCCCUAUCCUUGUGGUGUAUCCUGCUGAGAAUUCAGCCUUUCAAAGGGCUGUGGUGGCCUUGGCAGAGUUUCUUCAGUGGCACGGCGGCUGUAGUGUAGCAGUUGACAUGUGGCAGCAAGGCAAGAUCGCAGAGCUGGGGCCAAUGCGCUGGCUGGCAGAGCAGGCCAAGGCUGCCCAUCGAGUGCUCAUUGUCCUUCCACAGAAGAACAAUCCGUUUUCCUAUCCCAGCCACUCUCCAAACUACUGCUUCCCAACCCCCUCUAUCCCAGCUGCAGCUCAAGACCUUUACCCCUUGGUUCUUAACAUGGUGGUGAGUCAUGCAAAAAGCUCCAGAGACUUGGCCAAGUUCUGGGUGGUGCAACUAUGCAGCAAGAAACAGGACAAGAGGUGUGAUAAUUUGGUGCCAGAACUAAGGUCCUGCAAGACUUUUUGUGUUAUGAGGGACUUGAAGAAGCUAUGCAGGAGUCUCCAUGAACACAGGCAGGGAACGGAGAAGAUUCCUGCUUGUAUCAUAAGACCAGGGACAGCCAACUGUGAGAAGGAUGCAGUGAUGUUAAGGGAAGCUGUAGAAAAAAUACUGUAAAAUGACAGCCAUGAACUGUUC